AUGUUCAAUAUAAAUUAUCAAACAACAUUAGUUUCACAAUUACUUGAUUCAAUUGAUAGUUAUUUAAAGCUUGUUGAUAUAUCAAUGGAACAGCAAGAAUUCUCUAUUGACCAUCCUGAUGAACAUUCCAAUGAUGAUGAGGAGGAGGAACUUUGGCUUAGUGGUCAUCGGUCAAUAUUUUCUUCAUAUGAAAAUGAUUGUCGACAACUCUCAUCAUCGUUUCAUAAUAGUCAAUAUGAAGGUUUUCAUUGGGAUUUAUAUGAAAAUCCUAAUUAUCAUCAACUUACAUUUGAACAUAAUAAACAAAAAACUCGACAAGAAAAACGCCUAUUGGAAUGGUCAAUGGAUUUGAAACAAAUUGAUAGAAUAUCAUCAACGGAUCGACAACAAACAUCAUGGCAUGAAAUAAAAUGUAAAUCUUCAAAUCAUAGUAAUUCAUCAUCAAGAAAUACAUCGCACAUUGAUCAUCAUUUAUCAAAUCCAUUAACACUGUAUCAGUUAUUUCAGCGUACAAAAUCUCAACAACAUCCAUGCCAUUUAUAUGACAAUUUCAGUGAUAAAAGUAUAUGUGAUUCAUCGAAAUCAUCAUCGUGUUCAAAUUCCAUGCAACAAGAACAGAUAAUUUUAAAAUCAAAAAUUAAAUUAGAUAACGAACAAUGUCAAAAUCAAAUUGACCAAUGCCUCCAAACAUCGAUUGUUGUUUGUCAAAAAGAUCCUAAUCAUCAAUUAAAUAAUCCUAGUCAUUCAUCGUUUAAAACUCAUCAUUCAUUACCAAAUCUUGAUUUUCUUACAUAUUACGCUAAAGAAACCUCAACAUUAUUAUCACCAUUAAGAAAUCAUACGAAACAUUCGUGUACAGCGAUGAAAGACACAUUAUCGGAACCAUUAUCGUUAAUAAAAAAGGCCAAAUGUACUAUUUUCUAUUUUAGCAUUAAAGUUCCUAAUCAAUCUACAACAGUACAUUCACCAUUAUCGACAAUAAAAAAUUUACAAACGCAUAAAACAGUAAUAAAACGUAGUCAAAAUAUAAAACAUUCUCCAAGUAAAAUUUCAACAGAAGAAAAUGAAGCAUUUUCAUCGACAUGCUCAAGUAUAUCUAGUAGUGGAUAUUUUAGUAAUAGUUCAACGAAUCAAACACAUCACACUCAAACAUGUGUAUCUCCAUAUCCUCUUAAAUCAUGUCUAAAACGUACUAAAACUGAACAACUAACAAAUUCGCCAACGACAAUCAACCAUUCUAAUGAUGGUAAUACGACUACUGCAGAUAUUGUUACAUUACCUGAUAGAUUUGUUCCUCAUGAAAAUGAUACAUCGAAAAGUAGACGUUACUCAGCGCCGAAUACAUCAUCAUCACACGAACAAAAUCUUCUACUAAAAAUUCGAACAAAAAAUGAGUCGUGUACUUCUUCUGAACAGGAUCUUCAAACGAAGAAAAAUGUUAGUUUCUGUGAUGAAAUCGUUCGAAGACUUAUUACCCCGUCAACAAGUCCUAAUCAUUCAAAUCAAGAUUAUUGUGAUUUGAUACUACAAGAAUGUUUAAUAGAUAGUCCGCCAAAUGAAUUUAAUCUAUCAGAUGAUGAAAAAAAUGGAGAUCAUCUGAUAAAUUUUAUGGAAAAUAUUCCUGAGAGUCAAGCGAAACCAUUCUCAUUUAAAAAUCAAAAUGAUAAAUAUUUAAUUGAUGCAUUUGCAAACACAAUUCUUCAUAUAUUAGAAAUAAAAUGUAGUGAUCCUAAGUCUUAUUAUUUAAAUAAUCAGACAAAUUAUGAAUUAGAUCGAACGCUACGUCAAGAUCUAUGUUCAUUAUUACGUGAACUAUUGGACGAUGGCCUAAGACAAUAUUCUGGUUCUUUGUUUUCGAAAAAAAUGAAUCUAUGGCGUUUAAUUGAUUUAGCAACAUCGAAAUUAAGUCAAUUCAAUGAAGCUAAAAUGAAAGCACAAGCCGAUCUACCAUCGACUACUGAUUGGAUUGAAAGAUUUAAUUCGUUUAUCUAUCAUUUAUUGAAUCUUCAUGAACUUACUUCAUGGUUAACACAUUUUAUUUCGAAUCGUACGCUAUUAAGUACAUAUUAUGAGUCAUCAGCAUUUGUACUUGUUAAUAGUAAUAAUGAUUUAUUCGAAUGCAUAACAAAUCAAUUAGAAAAAUUAUCACCAUUACAAUUUCGAUUAAAAUAUAAACUGUUAACGAACUCAAAAAUACUUACAACGAAUCAACGUUCAUCUUCAUCGACGUUUAUAAAAAAAUUUAAUGUGCGAACGUGGCUGCGCGAUCGAAAAUGUCAAAUGAAAAUUUCACCGAAAGAAUCACAAACUUCAUCACCAAAAUCAAUUUCAUCUGUAUUAUCGAAUGUUUCUAUUCGACGAAAACCUAAUACAAUUCCAAUAUCUGAAAAACGCUAA